GGACGGUGAGGACAAGAUCGUGCUCGUGGGACGGCGUGAUGGUGUCGCGGCAAGGAAUCGCGUGCUGCGCGUUAUGGAGGUCGUGAGGAGCGAGCUGGGGGCCGUGGAGAUUGGGGAGGGUGAGCUGUGGGGUGCUUUUGGAGAGAGAGUGGAGGAUAAAAAUGGAGUGAAGGCUGAGAAGAGCGCGGGGAAGGGUAAGGAGAGCGCCACAGCCCAAGAAGACCGUUUUAGGACGUUCCUCUACGUCCGCGGAUCCAAGUGCAUUGGGCUCUGCCUCGCGGAGCGCAUCGAGGAAGCCUACCGCGUGCUGCCUGAUGCGCCGGCACCGGCACCGGCACCAGCAACAGAGCAGCAAAUCCCGACCCAGCAGCAACAACAACAUGAUCAGCAAGAAGAAGAGCAGCGCCGCUCCACAUCACCUACAUCCUCUCUCAGUCCUAAAGAAAAAGCACAAGCGUCACCAACGGCAAGGCCAGCACCAUCAGCGGCUCCAGCACCUCAAACCACACCCGCACCCUCAACAACGAACAACUUUAACCUCUCCCCCACUCCCUCCAACGCCUACAACAUAGGCAUAUCGCGCAUAUGGACCAGCUCGUGUCAUCGGCGCGGUGGCGUCGCGCGCGCGCUGCUUGAUGCUGUGGUAGCACGGCGUGGUGUUGAAGACGGUGGUUGGGGUGGUAAUGGAAGCGAUGAAGUGAGGAGUAGAGGGAGCAAGGAGGGGAUUGCGUUUAGUCAACCGACAGAGGCAGGAGGGCGGUUGGCGAGGGAGUGGUUUGGGGAGGUGGAGUGGGGAGUUUAUUGGUAGGUUUUGUGGUGGUGAAGGUGGACCCGAGUUGUGUAUGGAUGAAGUAUAUGGAUCGGAAUGGUUUUUGAUUUG